AAUAAACAGAAAAUUCAUUUUGUCUGCAUGCAAGGUGCUUAAAGAGGAGGAGGAGCUAACUUUACGUGCCACCCCAGCCAGGAGCUAAACUUGUCCUGCAACCAGAGAAAUGGCCUACCGUGGAAAAUGUGUAUUCCUUGCACUGCUGACUGUUUGUUGCCUGUUAUCAUCCAAACUUGAAGCAACGCCAAACUCCGAGGCCGAGGCUGAGGCUCUCCUCAGAUGGAAAGAGACCCUUGAAAACCAAACAUCUCUCCGGUCGUGGACAUGGCCGGUACCGUUGAAGAUCAACAAAAAUGUCACAACAGGCCCAUGCACGUGGUUCGGAAUUGCUUGCAACAUGGCCGGAAGUGUCACAGAAAUAAACCUACCAAACGCCCAAUUAAGAGGUAAUCUUAGCAGCUUAGAUUUCUCUUCCUUGCCAAACCUCAUUAGCCUCAAUCUCAAUCACAGCAUUAUCACUGGUCCAAUCCCAUCCCAAAUUGGUACACUCUCAAGACUGACCCACCUUAAUCUCUCCAUGAAUUUUCUUUCUGGUAACCUUCCCCUUUCCCUCACGAACCUAACUAACCUUUCCUUGCUCUACCUCGGAAAUAACUUGAUAAGUGGAGAGCUAGACCCGCGUCUAUUCACUAACUGGACAAGGCUUGAAUACCUUGAGCUCCAAAACAACAAUUUCACCGGAGUCCUGCCUCCAGAAAUAGGCCUAUUGACAAAUUUGAAAGAGCUAGCUUUGAUGGACAAUCGUUUCAGUGGUUCAAUUCCAUUUGAAAUAGGAAAUUUGAAAAACUUGGAUGUUUUGGCUUUAAGUGGAAACCAUCUAACAGGUCCUAUUCCUCCAUCUCUUGGUAACCUUAGCAAAUUAACUAUAUUGUUUUUACAGCAGAAUAACCUGUCGGGCCCCUUCCCUCAUGGUAUUCUCAAUGCUCAAAAUCUUUCUGAUUUGCGUUUGUUUAUGAAUCAGUUAUCUGGUUCAGUACCUGAAGGAUUAGCAAAUCUCUCAUCCCUAGAGACACUCAACCUUGGCGACAACAAAUUCUCUGGUCACUUACCACCUCUCUGUCUAGGAUCACGUCUUCAGAUUUUCACCGCAUCCUAUAACAACUUCUCAGGUCCCAUACCGAAAGGCUUAAGAAACUGCGAAAGCCUUAUCCGCCUUUCAAUAAAAAAAAACCAGCUCACAGGAAUGUUAGACCAGGACUUGGGAGUAUAUCCAAAUCUCAGCUACCUUGACUUGAGCUACAACAACUUGAACGGGGUGCUCUCACAUAACUGGGUAGGGUGUAGAAAGUUGACAUCCUUAAAACUCGCAGGCAAUAAGAUCACUGGUGAAAUACCCAGUGAGUUUGGCGAAUUGGAUCAACUAGGGCAGCUGGACCUCUCUUCUAACCAAAUUGUCGGUGAAAUACCGAAGCAGUUGGGAAGAUUAUCGAAUCUGAUCUACCUGCAACUGAGAGACAACCAUCUUUCAGGUCAGGUGCCACCUGAAAUUGGUGGGCUUUCCCAUCUGGAGGAGCUAGACUUCUCUGCCAAUGGGCUGAGCGGACAAAUCCCAGAACAAUUUGGGGACUGCUCAAAGCUGCGCAAUUUGAGCUUGAGCAAGAAUUACUUUAAUAUGUCUAUCCCAAAUAAGAUUGGCAAUCUAGCCGGGCUGGGCUCAUUAGAUCUUCGUCAAAAUGUACUCACUGGUGAAAUACCUUUUCAGCUUGGGAAUUUGAUAAUGUUAGAACACCUGAAUCUCUCUCACAACAACCUCUCAGGUGCCAUUCCCUCUUCGUUCAGGCAGAUGACUGGCUUAACCACCAUCGACUUAUCAUACAAUGAACUGGAAGGUCCACUUCCUGAUAAUGAACUCUUUCGCCGUGCUCCUCUGAGUGCAUUUAGUAAGAACAAAGAUUUAUGUGGAAAAGUACAAGGUUUGCGGCUCUGCAAUGUUACAUCACCGGAGAAUGGUGCAUCACCGGAGAUUGGUGCUCAAAGCAAAGAGCGCAAAGUUUUUGUCAUUGUUGGAACUUUGUUUGUAAUAUUGCUAGCAAUUGCUUUUGUAUUUUGGCGUUUUACUCUCUCCCGUAGAACAAAACUGAGAAGCAAUGCGGAAGAAGGUAAACCAUCAAAUAAUGGAAAUCUAUUCUCAAUACUGAAUUUUGAUGGGAAGAUUGUAUAUGAAGAUAUCAUCAAUGCCACCAAUGGCUUCAACGACAACUAUUGUAUGGGGGUGGGUGGAAGUGGAAAAGUUUACAAAGCUGAGAUGCCAACAGGACACGUACUAGCAAUAAAGAUAAUCCAGUGCCUGGAAGGUGAAGAGAUAGACAAGAUCAAGACUUUCCAGAAUGAGAUUCGAGUAUUAACAGAAAUACGACAUAGGAACAUUGUUAAAUUUUAUGGAUUCUGUUCCCAAGGGCCACACAAGUUCCUAGUUUAUGACUACAUUGAGCGGGGAAGCUUGGCUAGUAUCCUAAGCAAUGACAAAGAAGCCCAAGAACUGGGUUGGAGCAAACGGGUGGACAUUGUCAGGGGCAUAGCAAAUGCUUUAUCUUACAUGCAUAAUGACUGCUCACCACCAAUCAUUCAUCGGGACAUAUCGAGCAAAAAUGUGCUUCUGAACAGUGAGUUUAAGGCGUGCGUCUCUGAUUUCGGCACAGCAAGGAUUAUGAAGACGGAUUCUAGUAAUUGGACACUCGUUGCAGGCACAUAUGGUUAUAUAGCCCCUGAGCUAGCAUACACAAUGAGGGCUACUGAAAAAUGUGAUGUUUACAGCUUUGGUGUUUUGGCUCUUGAAGUGAUAAUGGGAGAACAUCCAAAGGAGCUUCUUUCCUCCCUGAGAAUCGGUGAGAAAAGCAUCGAGGUAAUGGAAGUGCUAGAUCUGCGUCUCCCACCACCUGCUGUUCUUUUUGAGAAACAAGUGGCUUCUGUAGUGAAGCAAGCACUUUCCUGCUUAAGCAUAAGACCAAAUUCCAGGCCCACCAUGCAAUCGGUGUCUCAGGCAAUCAUGGAAGCUUAAUGAUGCAGAUUGGUUUACAAGCAGAACAGUCGGAGAAAAAAAAAAUUCAUAUCUUGUGAUUUCGACAUCAGAUGGAGACAAGCUUUGUCUCUUUGGAGAACUUAUUCAAAGGGCUACAAAUUUGUAUUUCUUAAAAAUUUCAUAAUUCCAACGUUUACUAGGUGAAAGUUGUCUGUCGGUAUUCUGUUUACCACA